CUUCACCCUCACCCUACUAGGGAUGGCAGUCCGCGCUCCUUCCAGCCGCCCAUCGGCCCAGGCUCCCAGAUUUAUCUCACCACGAUGUCUUCAGGACAAGGGUCUUCCCAGAUGGCCCCACUUCCAGGGGCAGAGCUGGUGCAGAGGCCGCUGCAGCUCUACCGAUACUUGCUGCGCUGUUGCCAACAGCUGCCAACCAAGGGCAUCCGGGAGCAUUACAAGCAUGCUAUCAGGCAGAGUUUCCGGGUUCAUUCAGAUGAAGACAACCCUGAGAGAAUCCAGCAGAUUAUUAAAAGAGCCAUUGAAGAUGCCGACUGGAUCAUGAACAAAUAUAAAAAGCAAAACUGAGAACCCAGGGCCCUGCAAGGAAAGCUGUCGCAAAGCCACUUGAAACUGAGAGACCUCUGUUCUCCUGGAACCAAUCAGCAGCCACCAUUCUGGAACAUUCACCAGCCUGGUUGGCUGGGAGAACCAGAAAGCAGGUGCGACACACUGCCAGUGCCCCAGGCUCUUCGGCGCAGUCAUGUUGCCAGCAUGCUUUAUGUUUGCCAUCCCGGCUGGUCAUGAUGCGAGGAUUGGGGAGAACGUGGUUUUCUUCUGUUUCUUCUGCGUGUUCUUCAUCUUUGUCUUCCUGCUCUUCUACUUUGCUCUGAAAGUGAUUCAUUUGUUCUGGCGGUCGCUCUACCUUUCUUGGAGUCCCAGAGCAGACAUCCCCUCGCAUAGCCGCCCGUGCAGUGGGAACAGGAUGGGUGUCAGAACCAGACAGAUCUGGAUUUGAAUCCCAGCUCCGUGGCUUUUCAUGUGGCCUUCCAGCUCUGUUUCCUGCCUGCCUUGUGGGAAUGAGGGCAGAUGAAGCUGAAGUGCCUCACCAGGGGUAUGGCCCCCAGUGGUGCCGGUGAUGUCCCCUCCCAGGAAGCCGUCCCAGCCGCUCCCUCCUCUGCUGCCCUGGCACUCUGCAUACCUCUGCUGUAGCUUGUCCUGUUCCUGCCUGUGGUCCCUGAGCCCUCGCCGGUGUGUCCUACCCAGCAGUCCACCCAGCACUGCUCUUCCUCGUACUGGCUGACCAUGCCCAAAGAAGUGGGGGCCCUGGCCUUUGCCUUCAGGAGUGUGCAGGGUCUGUGAUGGGGUGAGGUGUGCACACUGCGCAUAGCAAGAGAGGGCAGCAGAGCAGCUACAGUGCACCCUGGUGUGGCCGGGCUUCGCAGAAACCUGCAGUCUGUCUUCAGUGGCUCUUCCCUGUUUGGCCACCAUCGUGGACAGAUGGAAGCUGGGAGGAGAGGAGGGCAGUCCAGGGAGAACCAGCCAGAGUGUGUGGAGCAGCUGAAGGAUGCAGACUGAAGCCACCCAGGGACGUGGGUGUUCCCAGGGCGCUCUGCUGCAGGGAGGAGCUUGCGUGUGUUUGUGUCCUUGCAAUUUUGUGACUUCAGGUGACUCAAAUAUAAUUAUGUGUAUGUGACUAAGAACUAAUGAAGUAAAUGUAUC